UUUCAGAAUUUUUUUUUCUCUCUCCAGCAGGAACAGACUCAUCCCCACCGUCGGAUUUGUCCCGCAGCAGCGCAGAGAUGUUGUCCCUCUUCCACCGGCUCCUCGACUGGAUCAGGUCGCUCUUCUGGAAGGAGGAGAUGGAGCUCACGCUGGUGGGCCUUCAGUACUCCGGGAAAACCACUUUCGUAAACGUGAUUGCUUCUGGUCAGUUCAAUGAAGACAUGAUCCCUACAGUUGGCUUCAACAUGAGGAAAGUCACCAAAGGGAACGUAACGAUAAAAAUUUGGGAUAUAGGUGGGCAGCCACGGUUCAGGAGCAUGUGGGAACGGUACUGCCGCGGCGUCAACGCCAUUGUGUAUAUGGUGGACGCUGCAGAUCGUGAAAAGGUGGAAGCCUCAAGAAAUGAACUACACAACUUGCUAGACAAACCACAGCUGCAAGGCAUUCCCGUACUUGUCCUUGGCAACAAGAGAGACCUCGCCAGCGCACUAGAUGAGAAACAACUGAUUGAAAAGCUAAACCUGUCUGCCAUUCAAGACAGAGAGAUCUGCUGCUACUCUAUUUCAUGCAAAGAGCAAGACAAUAUAGAUAUCACAUUGCAGUGGUUGAUCCAGCAUUCAAAAUCUCGGAGAAGUUGAGAACAGAUCCCGUCCUGCUCCAGUCCAGUCCUGCUCCAGUUCCAGAUUCUAACUCUGCUCCGUGCUCCUCAGACCAGCCAACCCUUCCUGUGUCGCAGUUCCUCUCAGCCACAUCUGUCUGUCCUAUUUGUUCUAUCACACACGGACUGUCAGUAAAACACCAUCACUGGUGGGCCUCA